CCCUCCUCUACUUCACCUCCACUUCACCACCUCGCCAUGUCCUGACUCUAUCUGCCUCUGAUGUUUAUCAACAACCGCACCUUCAUCAUCUCUGGAGGCAUCUCCGGCCUCGGCCUCGCAGCUGCCCUCUCCCUCGUCUCCGCAGGCGCCCACGUCGCCCUCUUCGACCGCAACUCUGAUCUCGGCCAGGAUGUCCUCAAAUCACACUUCAAUUCAAAACCAGUUGCUAGAUUCUACGCUGUUGAUGUCACCGACUACAACGAUCUCGAAUCAGCCGUGGACCACGUCGUAGCUUGGGCUUCUGACUCGAACUUCCCGCUCGGUGGUGUAGUCUUCCUCGACAUCAACCUCACCGGCACCUACUCCCUCGCAACCCUCGUCGCCUCCCGCCUCGCCCGCUCGCCCGCCCUCCCCUCCGAACCCGACGCCGAGCGCGGGGUCAUCAUCCUCGUCUCCUCCGUCGCCGGCCUCGAAGGCCAACUCGGCCAAACCGCCUACGCCGCCUCCAAAGGCGCAAUCGCAAGCCUCGCCCUGCCUCUUGCCCGCGACCUCGCCCGCUGGGGGAUCCGCGUCAACGCCCUCGCGCCGGCCGUGUUUGAGACUGCAAUGUCGGCUUAUAUGCCGGAGAAGACUAGGCAGAAGCUGUAUAGCCAGCUCGAGUUUCCGAAGCGGUUUGGGAAGGCGGAGGAGUUUGCCGAGAUGGCACUUAGUUUGAUCAGGAAUGGGAUUGUUAAUGGAACUAUCGUGCGUUUGGAUGGCGCAACCAGGAUGGGUAAAUUGUAGAUACUUCUAUGAAUAUAAUCAGUUGAUCUUACAAA